AGAUUUUUUGUUUUUAAAAAAAUUUAAACAAAUUCUUAACAAUUAUUGUAAAAAUUUUUUAGUUUUUUGCAUUUUUGAGCACAUUUUUAAAUGCCAAGUCUAUUUUUUUAAAAUUUUAUCUGAAAGUAGAUAAAAAAACAAACAAAAUGAGACCUGGAUGAACCGUUUCCUAAUAGUAGAUGGAUUGGGAGAAAAGGGUGCUAUCGAAUGGCUCGCGAGAUCACCCGAUUUAUUUUUUGAUUUUAUUUUUUCUUCACAAUGUCUGGGAACACUUUGACCAGUUACUGUACUAUUGUAUGGAGAUAAACGGCGGACAUUUUGAACAUUUAGGGCCGGUUGUAUAAAUCAAUUUUGAUCUUAGGUUCAACGGAACGCCGAUCAAAAUGUGAACUACGUUCAUUCGAUAUUCUGUUGUUUAAUGUAAACUGAACUUUAGUUCAGCUGAACUGAGGUUAGUUUAGGUUGGCACUACAAAUAUUUAGUUACUUCUGUUUUUUUUUGACAUUUAACAUAAAAGGAGAGGUUUGUUUUGUUUUUGUUUGAUUUGGUGGGAUGGGUUGCUUGCAAGUAAAAAAAAGUAAAAGCAGUAAAAGUUUAUAAAAAGUGUAUUUUCUACUUGGUGUGGCUGGUACUACUAAUUAAACUUGAUUUUAUAUACCUAUAGGUAAGUACAAAUUGAUAUUUUUGCAAGCCGUUAAAUACUUUCGAAUUUUAUUGUAGUAGGUAUUGCUUUUAUUUUAUUGGGUACAGUGUUUAGUUUUUGUAUUUAUUAUUUGUAGAUUCUUGUUUGGUGGUGGAAUAUUUUAUAAAUGGAUUCUUGUAAAAACAGAACUGUUAAUUUCAGUAAAAAGGAGGUUGGCAUAUUAAUGAGCCUUGUACUAAAAUAUAAGGGCACAAUUGAAUGUCGAAAGACUGACAAAAUGAACAACGAUUUAAAGCAGAAAGCUUGGGGGCGUCUAUCAAAUGAAUUUAAUAGCAUUUGUGGAGAGCCUUUCAGAGAUGCAAAAGUUCUUCGUGACAAGUAUGAAAAUCAAAAAAAAAAGGUCAAAACAAAAAUUUGCUGAUGAAAAAACAUACCUACGAGGAACUGGAGGAGGGCCUGUAAAACCUAAGAUAAUUGACGAUAUCGACAAACAAGUUAAAGAAAUUAUAGGUACUCAGAUGACAGGCUUUGAUUCAGAAUUUGAUGGAGAUAGUAAAUAUGGCAACAUGCAGAUGGAAACUCCUGAAGGAUCUCGUUUUAAUAUUUCUGAUUCAGAGUUACCUAAUGAAGACAUAGAGCAAAUGGAGGAAGAUGGCAAAGAUUCUAAUGACGAAGAUAGUUUAUUGUCAGCUGCUUUACCUACCAACUGGAACAAAAUAACCCCAGAAAAGCUUCGCACUCCAAAAUCGAAGCCAUUGAAAACCAUUUUGAAGAAGGCUUGUGCUAAUAAGGGUAAAUUUUGUAAUAAUUAUUAUAUUUCAAAUUAUUUAAAUUUAUUUUAAUUUUAAGAAAAUAAAAAUGUUCUGUCAAAUAAAAUUAUUUCCUAGGCUGCAAAUCAAGCUGAAUUAGUCUCCAAGGAGACAGAAUACCUUAAAAAAGAACAUCUUUUAAGAGUAGAAAUGAUGAAGGAACGCCACAAACAUCAAAUGGCACUAGAAACAAAGGAAAGUGAUGAAAGAAUUCUUAUUUAAGCUAAGAAAGCUGAAACAGAGCUGGAGAUCCUAUUGAAAAAAGAUCAGCUGCUAUCUACUAAUAAAUGAUGUCUGUUUUUAAAAUUUAAAAAUAUGUAUUUGUAAAAUAAGUUGUAUUUUAUUUAUAAAAUAAAAAAAUGUUUUUAAAAUUUAACCAAUUCUUGUUAAUUUUAUAUGUGGAAAUGCAAAAUUA